AUGGUCUUUGUCUUUUGCGAUAUUCUUUCAUUAGGUUUAGAAAUGUUGGUCAAAGAAAGCAAACUUAAGUUCAUCAGUCAAACUCGCACAAAACCAAAAACUCUGACAAAAAACAUUUAUCCUACAGCUUUUUAUUUUGGAUUCAUAUUGAUCUCCAAUAUAGUGAUCAAUCUUUUUCCAUCUCCGAAAAAAUCUAUGUUCCAUAUGAUCACGUGGAUGCUCUUUCUAAUACCAUCUUGUGUUUUCUCAACUAAUGAGCUUCGUGAUCGCUGCAGUCAACCGUUUAGGUGCGGCGAUCAAACCGGUCUCUCGUACCCUUUCUGGACUUCCGGUAGAGAAGACUGUGGCCACCCUGAGUUCAAAGUCGACUGUAGUGGUCAAUUCGCAGAGCUUAGUAUCACCUCCGUGAAGUUCAGAAUCUUAGAGGCGAACUAUUACUCUGGUAUCAUACGACUGGCGAGAUCGGAUUUUAUCGGUGGUCUUUGUCCUAAAGAUCUUUUAAAUGUAACGUUCGACGAAAGAGUUGUUACACUUGCUCCUACCACUGAGUUUCUAACAAUAUAUCACAACUGCAGCAGAGCAUUUCCACAGUAUGUUUCUACUUAUGUUGGAGAUCUUCCUUGUGAUGGUGAUGAUGAUGACACAAUAAGUUACUAUGUGACAACAAACCUCUCGUCCCCUCUACUUAACGGGAUUAGAAGUGAAUUAGAAGACCUCGGGUCAUCUUGCAAAACCGCAAGUAUUCGUGUAUCAGCAGGGCCUUUGCUGAACGCACUACAGGGGAAUCGGACUCAAGAUAAUCUGCAGAGAACUCUUGCAGAGGGUUUCCAGCUUGGAGUUAACCAAGAAUGUUCGUCGUGCUUAGCCUCUAAGGGUGCUUGUGGAUUUAAUCAAAACUCAGGUGGAUCUGUCUGUUAUUGUAAAGAUGAGCCAAAUAACAGUAUUUGCAGUUCUAGAAAAAAAGGCUUCUCUACUGGGGCAAUAGCAGGUUUAGCAGCAGGUGUUAUUAUGUUUCUGUUCCUGGUUUUAGCAUUGUUUCUCCAACUUAUCCGAAAGAGAAACAAAAAGGCAUUUAUUUCACGGCCAGAACUAAAAGCACUUAUUCCACUAAAGCAGUAUAGUUACGCACAAGUAAAAAGAAUCACAAAGUCAUUCGCGGAAGUGGUUGGUAGAGGAGGGUUUGGAACUGUCUAUAAAGGAACCCUUUCUGAUGGCCGCAGGGUUGCAGUGAAGGUUUUGAAAGACUCAAAGGGUUAUAGUGGUGAAGAUUUCAUAAAUGAAGUUGCAAGCAUCAGCCAAACUUCUCAUGUCAACAUUGUUACCCUGCUAGGAUUCUGUUAUGAAGGAUCAAAGAGAGCAAUUCUUUAUGAAUUCUUGGAAAAUGGAUCUCUUGAUAAGCUCAUCACAAGCAAGAGGCCAUCAAUUAUGGAUUGUGUGGACUUAUAUGGGAUUGCGUUAGGCGUUGCUCGUGGUUUAGAGUACUUGCACCACGGAUGCAGAACAAGGAUUGUACAUUUCGACAUAAAACCGCAGAACGUCCUCUUAGAUCACAAUCUCUGCCCAAAGGUUUCAGACUUUGGUCUUGCUAAGCUCUGCGAGAAGAAAGAAAGCAUCUUGUCGUUGCUAGACACAAGAGGUACAAUAGGGUACAUUGCACCUGAAGUGUUUUCAAGAAUGUAUGGUAGAGUUUCGCAUAAGUCAGAUGUGUAUAGCUAUGGAAUGUUGGUCCUUGAGAUGAUAGGAGCAACGAAAAAAGACAGAGAUGCUCAAGAAGUUGGUAAUAGCACAAGUUCAAUGUACUUUCCUGAAUGGAUAUAUAAGGAUCUUGAGAUGAGAGGCAGUAGACCGCGUACUGAAAAUGGAGUCAGCAGCGAAGAAGAGGAGAUGGUGAGAAAGAUGACAUUGGUGGGUUUGUGGUGUAUUCAGUCUUCCCCAUCAGAUCGUCCACCGAUGAACAAAGUGGUGGAGAUGAUGGAAGGAAGUGUGGACGCUCUUGAAGUCCCUCCUAGGCCUGUUUUCCAAAUUCCAGCGGAGCCACUUCAAGAAUCUUCUACACUUUCAGAGGAUAUAUCAGGUUACACUGAAGUAUGUUCCAUGAAUGUCGCAUAAAGAACGAAACUUGCUUGUAACUUAUUAAAUCACGAAAACAGUAAUUACAUUUACUACACUGCAUUCCACAUGUCUGCUUUCCAUAUUACAAGUAACUACGACAUCUGCAGCUCUCUUAACAGAUAAUAAGAGAGUUUAGUGAUUUGUAUCCAGAAA